CUACAAUUGAACGAACACCUGGAAUCUGAAACGAAAGGGACAGAUUCGCAACAGAUUCUCCUUCUUCGCGAUAUCUUUUUUACGUCGUUCUUGAAACAAAACUCCAACAUCUGUAAAUCGAAUUCCAAUUCGAUGACUUUCGAACGGGCAGGAUACGAAAAUCGGAAAAUACGCGAGAAUAACUCUGAUUUCCAGCUGUUAAUCCGCUUGGGUCCUUAAUUAACGACCUUGACACUUGCGUGCGACAUGAAGUCCCUCCGUCAAUUUAGGAGAACUUUCACCGAAAGUUACAGAAAUUCCCACGUGGCCAUAGAACUUCGUUGCUGUGGAAUGCAGGGACGGAAAUAUUGCGAGGUGCAAAAUCUAACGUCACUUGAGGGAUGGUCAUUUCGUUUACGAAAAUCCCAUCUCACUUCUGUCCGAAGUUCAGGAAAAAAUUCUGCAUGUUCGAUCGACGACGAUCACGAGUCAGAAAAACACUAUGGAACACGAGAUAGAUCAUUUAGAAAGCACCUUCGUCUUCGUAUAACGGUGAUGCGGGAACGAGAAGAGACGAGGGAGAGACAAAUGCAUUAAGGGGUGUGAUCUCGAAAAUGGCGUCGGCCCGAAUUUAUUUUUGGUGCAUUCCAGUCAAACGAACGCCGACAGAGAGAGAGAGAGAGAGA